AUGGCUAACACAACAGUUAGCGGUGCAACUGCUAUCCACGGUCAAAAUCCCCAGUUUUUAGUGGAAACUGUCAUUCGAAAUAGGAUCUAUGAAUCGACGUAUUGGAAAGAGCACUGUUUUGCGCUUACAGCUGAAUCUAUAAUCGACAAAGCCAUUGAGGUUCGAUUUAUUGGCGGCGUUUACGGGAACCAGAAACCAACCGAGUUUCUAUGUUUACUGCUUAAACUGUUGCAAAUUCAACCUGAGAAAGAGAUAUUGGUAGAGUACUUGAGGGCGGAUGAAUUCAAAUAUUUAAGGGCGCUUGCAGCAUUAUACAUUCGGAUGACAUUUCGCGCUGUAGAUGUAUACGAGUUGUUGGAACCGCUACUCAAAGAUUACAGAAAACUACGCCUCAGAAAUAUGUCUGGGUACUCCUUGGUUUUCAUGGAUGAAUUUGUUUACAGCUUACUGACCGAAGAAAGAGUUUGUGACAUUAUUAUGCCUCGACUGGCCAAACGACAAGUGCUGGAGGAAAACGGGGAACUCGGUCCUCGCAAAAGCAGACUGUUGGCGGCCAUGCAAGGCGACAGUGACCAGGAGGACAAAGACAGUAGCAAGAGUAGGAGUACGAAUACUAUGGAUGUGGAUGUAAAAGAGUCGUAG